AUGCAGUCAUAUCUCAACAAGCUCGACGAGCUACAAAUUGGACUUCAAGCCCUAACCAAGGACUUGAAGUCGCGGGACGUGGAUCAAGUCACUGAGCUUGUCAACCUACUCAUGAAAGACAUGAAGAGUAUCGCAUCUGCAUUUCAAGACCCGAAUUCUAAGGAACUCAGCGAUUCCAAUCUUCUCACAAAGCACCACAAGCUUCUUCAGCUGACGGAGUUUGACGCCAAGCUUGCAUACUCAGAAGUGGAUCGUGACGAGGCUUUUAAAUAUCCUUGGAUGACAGUCAGCAACUGCGAGCAGCGCUUCAAGAUGCUAGACCUCUCCAUUCAGUAUUUUGCUGACCACAUGAAAGAUGCUGGACCCGGCAUGCGCGCCUGUCUCCCACCAUUCACAAACCUUGUUGCAGAAUUCAAAGGCACUGUGAUGGAAUAUCUCAAGCUUCGCCACCGUCGUAUUGCUAUGCGGCUUGAUCCAGCGGCCGAAGUCCAGGCGGACUAUCCAGAUACUAACAAGGAGGAGUGGGCUGCAAAGAAACAGCAAUGGGUUGACGCGCUGACGCCGGAAUGGGAGAGCGGUGCUAUUCAGGUCAUCAUGAUCGAACCCAAGAAGCUGCUCAACUCUCCUUGGAGCGCCAGCAAGCAGUACGACGAGGAGAGCGACCGCCCUACCCAUCCUCUUCUUCAGUGGUGCAAGCUUGAUUUGAUGGACCGUGAAGAGGGUGUUUUGUAUUGGAGUCUUGGAGGUGUUGUUGCUUGGAGAUUUUGUGGGGAGGACGAGUGGAUGGAUCGUUAUGGCCAUGUCAUUGACGAAUGCGAGUGCAAAUGA